CCCACCUCAAGCCGUCGCCAGCUUGGUGCUCACUAAGACUCGACUACAUAUAGACAACGCCCACGCAUGUGUUCAGCUCCAACACGCUCCUUUUCGCCAUGUUGCAUGUACGGGGAGGGCUUUUUUGGGGGCUCUGUGUGCUCCUCGGAGCGUGCAGGGCUGCCCCGCAAUCUGGCGCAGGAACGGGAAGCCCGCCACUGCUCCAGAGCCAGUCUGGCCGCCGGCUGCAUGGCCGCUUCCUGCACGUCUCAGACGUUCAUCCAGAUCCCUUCUACAAGACAUAUUCGAGCACCGAAGCAGAAUCCGCAUGUCACCGGAAACGUGGUCCUGCAGGCGUGUAUGGUGCGGAGACGUCCGGGUGUGACUCGCCCAUCUCACUGGUCAACGAGACUUUUAAGUGGAUCAACGAGAACCUGAAGGACGACAUCGACUUCGUUAUAUGGACGGGUGACUCGGCGCGGCACGACAACGACGAGCUGAUACCCCGCACACAGAAGCAGAUUAUCGAGCAGAAUGAGUUCCUUGUCGCGAAAUUCACGGAAGUGUUUGGCAAGGAUGACAAUAUCAAUGACACAGAUCCAACCAACGACUUCACGAUUCCGAUCGUACCGACCUUUGGCAACAAUGACAUCAUGCCUCACAACAUUUUCCUCAGUGGGCCAAACAAGUGGACUUUGAAGUAUUUGGAUGUUUGGCGCAAGUUUAUUCCCGAGGAGCAGAGGCAUCAGUUCCAGCGUGGAGGAUGGUUCUUCACCGAGGUUAUACCGCGGAAACUCGCUGUCAUCAGCUUGAAUACCCUGUAUUUCUUUGACUCGAACUCGGGAGUUGACGGAUGCGCCGACAAACAUGAGCCGGGUUACGAACACAUGGAAUGGCUACGAAUCCAGCUCCAAACUCUGCGAGAUCGCGGUAUGAAGGUCAUACUCAUGGGUCACGUGCCGCCUGCCCGAACUGAUAGCAAGCUGAGCUGGGACGAGACGUGCUGGCAGAAGUUUACCCUCAACCAGCGACAGUAUCGGGAUAUCAUUGUUGGCUCACUCUUCGGGCACAUGAACAUCGACCACUUCAUGCUUCAGGAUUUCAAGGACUUAAAAAAGGAUACAAAGAAUGGCAGGAUGGCAAGUGCUGCCAAAGUCAAGAGUACUGAUCUCCGAGAGAAUAUGCUCAAAGAUGGGGAAGUUACGGUGGCUUCAGCAUCGGAUUAUUUACUUGAUCUGCGGGAUGCUUGGGCCAAACUUCCCUCCCCGCAGAAGUCCGUUUCGAAAUCGCUGUCGAUAUUCGAAUACAUCGACGCGAAUGAUGAGAAUGGGAAUUUCUCCGUCUGGGAGUGGUUCGUCCAGAAAAUAUCUAGUUCAAAGAAAGGCGGGGAUGGCGGCAAAGAGAGCAAGAAAGUGGACAAGAAGAAAUUCCUGGACAAAAUUGGUGGCAAAUACGGCGAACGCUUUGGCGUUUCUCACGUCUCUCCCAGUGUCGUGCCCAACUACUUCCCUACCCUUCGCGUCUUCGAGUACAAUAUUACGGGGCUGGAAGAUCUCAUUAUCCCCGCUAAUGACAAUCCCUCUCGAAACUUGCCACCAGAAAGCUUGCUAUCGCCUUACUCCUUCAGUAACGACGAAGACUGGGAAUGUUAUGUCUACCGCAUCAUCAACAACCAGAAAACCAAGAAAGAACAAGACACGAUAAAAAAGCCCAAGAAAUAUAAAUUCAAGAUCCCAACGCCACCCUCCAAAUCUGCCCCCCCAGGCCCUGCAUACUCUCCCCAGAGUCUCACGCUGCUGAGCUACACGCAAUACUUUGCAAACCUGACGUACAUUAACAACGACUUCACCGCUCCAGGAGAAAACCUCUUGUUACUGGAUGAUCAUGACGAUGAUGUGGAUUUGGCAAAAUGGAAGGAAGGGAAACACAGGAAACAUCAGGGGAAGAAACCUCGGCCAAACCCACAUCCGGAGACGUUUAAGUUCGAGGUCGAGUAUGAUACAAAGACUGAUAAGUUGUUUAAGCUCAAGGAUCUGACGGUUAGGAGUUAUGUCGAUCUCGCCAGGAGGAUUGGGAAUGAUCAGGAGGGUAAGAAGCUAGUGGAGAUGCCGGAACAGGAGGUGGAGGACGAGGAUGAUGGUGGUGAUGAUAGUGGGUGUGAAUCAGAUGACUCGGAUUUUGAGGUUGAAAAGAAGAAGAGGAAGCAUAAGAAACAGAAAGACGGCAAGAAACAUAAACAUAAGAAAGACGGCGCAUGGUUCACCUUCGUCAAGCGCGCGUUUGUGGGGACUAUGGAUCCAAGGGAUAUUGAAGAGUUGUUUUGUGAGCGCAGCGUAGAGUUUAUAGAGCAGGGUGUAGGACAGAAAGUUCUAGAGCUAUGAUCUUGGUGCAGUUGCAGCUUGAGGGAGGUUGAUGGGAUUUUAAUGACGGCGAUGGCCAUGAUACCCUGGGCUGGUUUGUUUUCACCUUUUGACCGACGGACGGACAGGCGAAUUAAUUGAAUUUCAGUGUAGGUGGUUUUGUGAUUUGAUAUAUUGACAUAGCAUAGACGUGCGACCAGGCCUGGGCAUGUAUGGCGUUAUCUUGUUCUGUUCUAGUUUUGGACUUUUUGGACUCCGCAGUGUAGAGGCUUUGUUAUUUUGUCACUACACUUUGUUAUCACAUACCGUGCGCCAUAACCCCAGUUGAUUUGAUCUCUUAACAUUCCUG